GGGCCCAUCACUGACAUCGGUCAUUCAGUAAUUAUGCUGUACACUUAUUGUUGGGUCAGGCGUCUAACUUGUCCUUCAUUCCACCUCUUUCCACUGCAAGAGGCUCCCUACCUCCGCGUAGCUUGCUAAUAGUGUGUCAAGAUGUCGCUAUCGCUUGCCGAAGCGUACUUCAUCGCUCUUGGAUGCGAAGUCUUCUUGCAUGGUGCGUUCUCGCCAAUCGCAUCCAUAUGAGAAGCCUUCAUAAAGGAAUAUCCAGGAAUGUACACCGCUCUCUGGCUAGUAUCGAUGUAUCUGCUACUGUUCAAAAGAAAGAGAACCGCUGUCAUUGUCGUGAUGACCGUGCUGAACAUCGUGAUGUGGGUAGUAGCGACCUCACAUAUGGCGAUCAGCUUCGAACAGAACUUCCACGCGUUUCUCUAUCGACACGCUGCAGAUGACCCCACAGUCUGGGAAGACAACGCUUCACCGAAUAUAUAUUCUCAAAUUUCGCUGGAAGCUGUCAAUAUCAUUAUCGGGGAUGGAAUUGUCAUAUGGAGGGCCUGGAUAUUGUGGGGUCGGAAAUGGUGGGUUAUCUUUACGUCUGGUACCCUUCUCACGGGGACACUUGCUGCUGCUGUCGGUAUAAUCCGGGCAUACACCAGGGCUCCCCCAGGGAUUACUGUCUUCGAUAAUCCCACUCUAAGCACUUGGGCCAUCACGUUCAUCAGCUCGACGCUGACAACAAACCUCUGGGCGACAUCGCUCGUUGCAUACCGCACAUGGUCACACAAUAAGUUUAUCCGAUCUGUUACGGGCGAGACGCUCAUGACAAGAUUCCGAAGGCAAAAUGGUAUCCUCGCUAUUCUAAUUGAAUCUGGCGUCUUCUAUUCUUGUACUUGGUUUGUAGCUAUCAUCACUUACGCGUGCGGGACCAACGGCAUCUACCCUGUGAUAGAUAUUCUAUCGCAGUUGACGGCUAUCUAUCCCACGCUGAUCAUCACUCUCGUGUGCUUGCGAUCAACGCUAGACGUAGCCAUCCAGACGUUCCAGCAAACGACACAUGAAUGGGCGGUAAGGGCGGCGGUCCGAAGCCCUGAUGAUAUCCUCACGACGGCGUCGUAUCCCCUCAAUACUUUGAGGAUAGGUGUACAGACGAGGACGGACUCUUCUGGUCCAGAUCAGCUGGACUCUACUAGGAGCAUCGUUGAAGGGAGCAGUACAAUCAGUGACAAGCCCCGGCGUAUAUCGUAUGAUGGCCUUAGAACUGAUGAUAAGUUUGAUGCGGUAUGACAUUGCGAGACAGGCAAUUGAAAAGUUAGGUCUAUGAUGUUGUAAUAUCAAUAUUUAUUAUUGUAACAAUGAACGCCCUGCUUGUCAUCGAACGGA